AUGCCCCGUGCCGCACCACAAGCCGUCGCCGAGCAGCACAAUUCGCUAGAGAAAGAUGAUUUGAUGAAAAUGGUCCGCUUUGGAGCCGACCAAAUCCUCAGUGGAAAGGGAGGUACCUACACUGAUGAGGACAUUGACGCGUUGAUUUCGCGAGGAGAGGAGCGCACGGAAGCCAUGCAAGCCAAGUUGCAAACCGAUGCAAAGCACAACUUGGCCAACUUUAGCUUGAUUGCUGACGAUGAUAACGGAACGGACACGUUUGCCUUUGACGGAAAGAACUACCGUGGUGCGGACAAGGGCAAGGGGAACUUUAUCAAUCAGCCGCAACGACAGAGAAAGCGCAACUACGAUGUGAACGAGUACUUUCGUGGGACGAUGAAUACAGGGACGACCAGUGGCCUCAAGGCACAUGCUGCUGAUGCUGCCGCCAAGAAACGGAAGAAGGGAAGUAGUUUCCAAGACUUCCAGCUCUUUGACUCCGCCCGCAUCGAGAAAUUCAACGAAUUGGAGCGUGAGCUUGCCACAAAGAAGGAAGCACAAGUGGCAGCCAUCAAACAGAUGCGAGAAACAAUUAAGCAUGCUCCCAUGAUGGCCUUGGGCGCUGCACCUGGACAGAGCAAAGAGGAACUCACCAAGCUGGCUGGUGAGAUGGAACAAAAACUAUCAGAAUUCAAACUCCCAGAAGAGGCGGAAGCAGAACGGAAGAAACUCAUGAAUGAUGGCUUCCCGGACUGGAGUCGAAAGGACUUCAAGGUAUGUCUCAUUUGCGGCUUGCCAAAGUGA